UUAUCCAGGAAGGGUGAAAGGUCAACGUUGUGUUGGGAAGCUAAACUGAUGCAUGUUUGCUGGCUGACUGUGCGUUUAUAUUGCCGUAAGAUAGUUUCUGCCCAAAUGGAGAAAGACCUGGACAGCAUUAAGGAACAUUCUUGCUACACAAGCAUCAGACAAUAAGAGAGGCAACGUGAUGUUUCUGAAAAUCAACCGAAUGACACAAGUUGAAGAGAUCUAAGUAAAGGAAUGGCAAACAAAGCAGACAGCCAACAUGUUGAGACUUUGGCUGCAGAGUGGCAGAAUUCCAGCAACCAAACAAAAGGAGUGGACUGGACUGUCAUUGCACUAACCUGCCAAUACAAGGAUAGUAUUUAUGCCUUCCAAAGAGAACUUGAAAUCCGCCAACACAAAGGAUCCAUUGCUCCUGAUGUAGUUCUUCUCACCGUGGAGGAUCCACAGACUCGUGUUGGUAGUGGUGGUGCCACCCUCAAUGCGUUGGUGGUAGCUGCAGAACAUCUCAGUGCCAAGGCAGGAUAUACGGUCGUCACCUCUGAUGUACUGCAGACAGCACGAAUACUGAUUCUCCACAUGGGCCGAGACUUUCCCUUUGAUGACUGUGGCCGCUCGUUUACCUGCUUGCCAUUGGAAAACUGUGACAGCAAAGCAGAAGCCCUUGUUUGUAACAUCGAUGUUCUGCUGCACAUCAUGACAUAUAAGUUGGGACCGGGUUGUACGCCAGGUGUGUGGGUCUGCAGCACGGAUAUGAUCCUGACUGUCCCCUCCUACCCAGAUAUUUGCUGGGAAGGAUUUACUGGUGUCAAAGUGGUGUCUGUCCCUGGCACAGUCAGUUAUGCCAGGAAUCAUGGCGUCUACCUCAUUGACCAAGAGGGUUACGUCUGUGACAUAAUUUAUAAAGGGACAGAAGAAAGGAUAGAGGAAUGUGUAUUAUCGGAUGGUCAAGUUCCUCUGGUAUCCGGUAUUGUGUUCUUCUCAUGGGAGACUGCUGAGAAACUCCUGGCCACACACGUCACUCCUCCUCUGGACUCCUGUACCUAUAUGGGUCUGGACUCGGGGACUCGUCCCAUUCAGCUGUCUAUUUUCUUUGACAUCUUGCUUUGCAUGGCACGCCAUACUUCUGAAGACAUCUUUGUGAACAGAGCAAGUCGGAUUCUGCAGAGCAGUGAUAUUGCAAAGCCCAGCAUAACUGAUAGCACUGAUAUGGCCAUCAUGAGGAGUGCCAGAGCUGUGCUGUGGCAGGAGCUCCGUGGGAUUCCUGUCACUGUAGCCUACAUAGCUGAUGGUUGCUAUGACUACAUGAGCUUGUCGGCAGAUGAUCACAUACGGAACUUGACCCGGAGGGGCAGCAUGUCGAGCUGUUUCGUGGCCCGCCACAUUGUCCAUUCUGAGCUGACACAUCCUGUUCUCGUGCGUGAGGACUGUUCUGUCAUCAACAGCCUGCUGGAUGGGGAGAUCUCGAUUCAGCCAAAUAGUGUUGUCCAACACUGCCACCUGCAGGGGUCCAUUCAUGUAAGGUCUGGCUGUCUUCUUUCGGGAGUGGACUUGAUGUCAUCACCUAUCCUCUGCCAGUACCAGCUCUAUGGUGUAAUCAUCCAGGGACACCACAUCAGGCUGCGGGACCUAAAACUGAAGAUUUUCAGCAUCACAGGACAUCAGGAUGAUCUGCAGGUGCCUUUCGCCAAUGAUUCUUCCACCUUCCUGAACAUUCCAUGGGCCACGUUUUUUUCAAGGACAGGAAUAAAGAAGGAGGAGCUGUGGGAUCCCAGCAUUCCUGAAGGUGACCGGUGCCUGCUAAAUGCUCAGCUCUUUCCAAUCCUCCAUACAUCGGAACCCAUUGGGAUGGAGGAUGUGCUGUGGUUUCUGAGAUCGGAGAAAGGACGGUUCCUGAGCAAGUGGCAGUCAGCUUGGCGUCUAUCAUUGAGGGAAGUCCUGAACUGCCUGGACCAGCAAGCUGAGCUUGCCUGGCGACAGCAGCUCUUCCUUAAACAGGCUCAACAUAAAGUCCAGAGUACACUGCUGAAUCGCAGAGACAACAGCCUCUGGCCUCUGAUCAGGGCAGCUGUCUGUGAAGGUCAUGAGCAACAUAUCCUCAACACUCUCGAUACAGUUGCUACUACCACUGAGGACCUGGGCAUCGCAGCCCGUACCCUUGCCUGUGUUGCUGAUGUCUUGGGUUGCAUGGCUGGAGGGCAAGGAGGGCUCCGGAGUGGACCUGCUGCCAAUCCAGCAUGGACUGAUGCUUUCCGCCUACUGGAAAACAGGAAUGUGGUGCUCGGAGUGAAGAGAUUGGCGGAGGAGCGGGCCAAAUGGCUGAACAGACCAGGCCUCCUGGUGAGGGCUGCCCGUCAUUAUGAGGGGGCGGAACAGAUCCUAAUCCGACAAGCUGUGAUGUCAGCACGAACAUUUAUCUCCAUGGGCCAGGGAGAGCUUCCUCCCAUGAAUCACUGGGUGGUGGCAGAAUGCCCUGCCCGUAUCGAUAUCUCAGGUGGCUGGAGUGACACACCUCCAAUAACGUAUGAGCAUGGAGGAGUGGUGCUGGAUAUUGCCAUUCUAGUGGACAAGUGCAAACCGAUUGGUGCAAAAGUACGUCGCAUAGCAGAGCCCAAGUUGCACUUAGUCCUGAACAGUGGAGGCAAAGAGACAGGAAUGAGCAUGGAGAUAGUGUGUCAGACUCUGGAGGAUCUGCGGGACUACUCUCAGCCACGUGCACCAGGUGCCUUGUUGAAAGCAGCCUUUAUCUGCACAGAAAUUAUACACUACCCUUCACCGGUUUCACUGCAGGAUCAGUUAAUGUCAGGGUUUGGUGGUGGCUUUGAGCUUCACACUUGGUCCAGUCUCCCACAUGGAUCUGGCCUUGGUACGAGCAGUAUCCUUGCAGGGGCAGUGAUGGCAGCUCUGAUCACAGCCGCUGGAAAGACCUACGACACCUCAUCCCUCAUCCAUGCCGUUCUUCACCUGGAGCAAAUGCUGACGACGGGUGGAGGUUGGCAGGACCAAGUUGGAGGUCUGGUGCCUGGUAUCAAGAUCGGUCGGUCCAAGCCCCAGUUGCCACUGCGAGUAGAAGUUGAGCACAUUGCAGUGACUGAUACCUUUGUGAAAAGUCUGAAUGACCACUUGCUGCUGGUGUACACGGGGAAGACACGACUUGCACGCAACCUUCUGCAGGAUGUACUGAGGAGUUGGUAUGCCAGGCUGCCCAGUAUUGUGGAGAAUGCGGAUGCACUGGUGAGGAAUGCAGAGGAAUGUGCUCAAGCUUUUAUCAAAGGUGACCUCUCCUGGAUUGGCCAGUGCCUAAAUACCUACUGGCAGCAGAAGAAGUGUAUGGCUCCUGGGUGUGAGCCAUCUGCCGUCCGACAGAUAAUGGCUGUCCUCCAGCCCCACGUACAUGGGCAGAGCCUGGCUGGGGCAGGUGGUGGAGGCUUCCUUUACCUUCUGACCAAGGAACCUCGACAGAAACAGGCCAUCGAAAGGAUACUGACAGCAAGCCAGGGUUUGGGGAACUUCAGUGUCUAUGCGGUGGACGUAGAUGAGACUGGAAUUACUGUGCGUCUGAGUGGAGCUGAGGGACAAUGAAUCCUACAUGAAUUGUUUAACACACAAUAAUCUUGGGGUUAAACCAGCAUCAUGCACAAAACUUGGACUAUUAUGGAAAAAUCCAGAGAGAAAUCACUGAUGACAACAUUUUAAGUGACUUUCAAAUCGCUGCAUCAAUUUUUCUGAUAAACUUUAUUUUUAUGAAGCCAAAACAUCAGAAUCAUUCCGGUAUAUGCUACAAGCAUCGAACAGCAUUGGCAAUGAUCUGAAGCUAUUCCUCAAAAAUUCAGAUGAUACCACCACUGGCUGGAUGAUGUUUGAAUGUCUUACAACUCAAUUCACACUCCAGAAUUAUUUUGCUAUCCUAGAGUGGAACUUCAUGCGUGUUUCAGUCAGUUGCUUUUCAUUAGGAGAGUUUGGGAAUUUAUAUUAUUCAUUGAGGUUCUGGGCAUCACUGGCCAGGCCAGCAUUAGACUUUUUAAAAAUUUGCGCAUGGGUUUAGGGUGUUGGCAGCUGAUCUAGAGAAGAUGGUGGUGGUGGUGGGCUAGCUUCCUGAACCUCUGCAGUCUGUAUGGUAUGGGUCCACCCACGGAGCUGUUAGGAAGGGAAUUCUAGGAAUAUGACCCAGCAACACGGAAGGAAUGGCAAUAUAUUUCCAAGUCAGGAUGGUAGGUGGCUGGGAGGCAAUCCUGAUAUUCCCAUGCAUCUGCUGCCCUUGUCAUGUUGCAACAUUAGUAAAGACAUGAAGCAAACUCACUGCUGUUGUAAAUAGUGUCAUAGAAUUAUUAAUUUCCACCAGAAUAAGUAGGUGAGGCAAUUUCAACAGUUCAUGCCCUAGAAUGCAAUUCUCUGAGUACUGACAUACUGCAUUAGAUUAAGCCAUCUUUUCAGUUUUAUUUUUGCAUCACACAGGAAUGAAUAAUUGUUGUAAUUUAUUCACACAUUCUUUAAAUAUUAGCUAUUGCUUAUCCACCAUUAACUGUUUCAGUAAAUUUCCCCAAUCCAUUGUUGCCACUUUGUUCCUUACACCCAUUUAGUUCUCUAUUUAGAUUCAGGAUUCUAGUUUCAGAUUUGACUACUUCAUUCCUCCAUCUUAAAUGAAGAACUCCUAUUACGAUUGCUCUUCACCAGAGGACCAGUACAAACAUAUUAUUAGUUAAUCCUUGCUCAUUGCAAUAGUACCAAAUCUAGAAUAGCCUGUUCUCUGGUUGGUUCAUCAAGGUAUAGAUCAAUAAAAUCACCAAAUACACACUCUUUGAAAUCCUCUUCCACAAUGUAAUUGAUAGUUAAGUUUCACUUUUUUUUAAUAUCCAGAAGUGCUCUUACAAACAGCCGAGUUUUUGCUUCCCCAUCUAUUAACCACCUAGUUUGGUUUCAUUAAUCUAUAUGUAAAUUGGGCAACUGUAUUAAACAUGUAUCCUUAGUGCAUGCGUAUUUAAUGCCUUCCUGUACAUCAUCACCACCACCAUUUGGAAGCGUAUACAUAAUCCCAACAUUAUCUAUCCCUUGAUAUUUCUUAUUUCUGCAUCAUGAUUUUCUGAGCCAAUUAUAGUUCAUCAUUAUUACAUUGAUUUAUUCCUUUACUAAUAAUGUUCCCCCACCUGCUUUCCAUUUUUGUCUGUCCUUCCUAAAUAAUGAAUAUCCCUAGAUAUCCAGGUUCCAUCGUCGGUCAACCUGCAGCCCUGUCUCCAUAUUUAUAUCUACUCGCACUGCUAAUUCAUCUGUUUCCUUUCAAAUGUUCCACAUAUUAAGACACAAGACUUGUACACAAGACUUUUUAACCUUGUUGGUCAUCUUACUUUUAUUGUUCCCCCUUCAGAACACCCUCCAAGACAUGAGAUGAUGUGGACAAAACAGAUUCUCUGGCAAUUCAUUUCUUUGUCUACUUUCCACAGUACAGGCAAUAAAACAGUUUGGAAUUGUAUUCUCUGGUGCAAAGCAUCUAGGACAGCUGGAGGUCACGAAAAACACCAUUAAACCACAAAGAAUGAUUUGGAUUUCUAAAGUGAACUAAUUUAAACAACUUUCAAACCUUGAACACAAUAAAUUAUGAAUUUCCAUUCAAUUCUCUGGUACUAAAGUAUAGGAAAAAGUGAAAACUGUUCCCCAUGAACAAUUCAUUCUGCAGCACAUACCAGGGAGGUCCUCCUGCUAGUUUGAUGCCUCAGGUAUUCCUUUUCAUACACAUUCCGUUCCUUAAAUACUCCACUGCAGGGUCCCACAGCAUUGAUUACUGAAACUUUGUAAUGGAGUGAUUAAUAUUGACCAGAUUACUUGAAAUGACCCUACAGGCUCUUCCUGGCCAACCAAGCAGACACAUGGAGCCUUGGCUUAACAUCUCAUCCAACAGUCUGCCAGUCAUCCUCUCCAUACUAUCCUGGCAUGACAGCAUUAUAUUAAGAGUUAUUAGCUGGCUAUUCAAACAUUGGGAUUACCAUAACCAUGUCUAAUCCAUACUUACUAAAAUUAUUUGUGGAAUUUAAUUCAGGAAUCAGAUUUUAGCCACUGCUUCAUUUCUCAGGGAUAUAAAGUUCCCCCCCCUGCCAGUCUAGUCAGCCAAUCUCACCAGGUACCAGGGGUGAAAUUGGGCAAUAUUCCUAGUCUGCAUGGGUCAGUAUCUCAGUGGACAGAGUAAAUAGAUUACAUUUGAAAAGUUUGGCAAAACAAUCCAUCUCUCUAUAAGCUGCAACACGACCUGGUACAGCAUAGUCCAAAUGUGGUGAAGUAAUACUCCAGCAUGUGGAUGUACUGUAUGGUUCUGAACCUGUUCCCAAGACCCUGAAACUGGACAUGCUCCGAGUCUGUCAAUUAAUGCACAAUGAUCCCUUUGGAAAACAAAAACAUAUGCAAGUCAUUUGUGGUGCACACCAGAUCCAGUCAGACGUUUUUGUUUUAAAUGCCACACAAAGCUCCACUGUCUGAAUAUGCAGAAACAUGCUGUCCAAGAGGAAUCAUAAUAAUCGAUCCUCUAAAGGUUGACCAGGCACAACUGCUACAAGCGAAGUCUCUUGAUGUCCUCACUACGAAAGUCAUUCCGCAGUGCAAGCACCUGACGCACCUCAGCAGGCGUAAGACGCCAGGUCAAUGGACCAGAGUUCUGUCCCCAGUAAUCCAAGAUCUCAGUGACCUAUGGAAACAAAAAGUGAUGAGUGAUACAGGUGCAAAACCACAUGUAUUUCAAUCUCUACAAAGAUGGACUCUGGUAGAGUUACACAUGUGGAAAAGGGUGACAGGACAUGUGUGUCCAACAGAGACUGAACAGGGUUGGGAGAAGCAGGAUUUAUAUAGUUGAUCACACCUCCAAAUGCCUGGUCAAUAUGAGUCAGUUAUUAAUAUAGGAUACUGAGAGAACAUUAGAUUAAAAAGGAAAGUAAAUUAUAAUGACACUAUACCAACCAGUGACUCAGUCAGUUCUUCAGUAUGCACAGUGUUGAUCAUCAAAAAGGUAUAGAUACAUUAGAAAGGGUGAAGAGUGGCAGGAACCGCAGGUUUUAGAAGUGAAGUUAUGAAGGAAGGCACAAAUAAUCAUGUUUUCACUGGAGAAAUGACUGAUAGGAGACGUAACAGUGUUUUCAAAUAAUGAAAUGUUAAAGAAGCCAGGUAUUUGGAACACGAGUAAUGGCGAUAUUAUUCACAUGUCUUUUGCAAAGUUAAACAGAGUAGAAAAUUUUUCUACUGGCAGCAUUGAUUCCCUGAGCAGCAAGUUGCUCUAAGGUCAAAAAAAACACUAUUAGAUGUAUCAGUAGAUUCCAUGAAGUAGGGAAUUAACAGCUUUUGAUGGGAAAACAUUAUAAAAUCUGUAUCUGGAUGGAGGAAACUUGCUGGACCAAUAUAUGUUGUUCUCUCAGGA